CCAUCACCAUCUUUGCACAUCAUCUCUACAGUGCAUCAUCCCAUCCAUCCAUCUUUGCUGAUUCACCCCACAAAAUUAAAGAAAAGCCACAAACAUUGCAUGGAUCCCUGGUCCUCCCUAUGCUAAUGCUAGUAGUGGCUACUUCAAAUAGGUUGGACCUCUGCUCUAUUAACUCUUGGCUACUCUCUCCUCUCUUCUCCUCUGAACCUUCCACACUGAAAACCCAGCUGCCUUCCUUUUAUCUGAAGAGUUGUUCAGAGGCUUAUCUAGCUUCAGUUGAUUUCCUGCUGCUCCAUUGGUUCUUGCUCUUGUUCUUGCUGCUGCUGCUUUUGCUCUUUGUGUGUUCAUGUGAGGAGAAGGAUUGGAAGAAGGGAAGUGAAGCAGAGAUUGGGAAGAGCAGGUUUGGUCAAGAAGGAAGAACAGAGUGGGAGUUUCAGGAGAAGCUGAGAGGUUGGUCCUAUCGUGUCGUUCCAAGGAUGGGUUUGUUAUCCAACAAAACCUAAGUGUUGAGGCCAUUUGGCAUGCUGGACACUGAUGUCUCACUAAAAUAGUAACUGACACCAGGACAACACUGAAACACCAAUGUGAAUAUGUGAUCAAGCUGCUGCCAUCAGAUUUCCCAACACAAACAAUCCAUAGCAAUGAGAAGGCACAUCCUUGUGAUCUGCCUCCCUCUAAUCACACUCCUCUCACUCUCCAUCAGCUCAAGCUGCCAAUCUGACCACCAAAUUCAGACCCAAGCACUUCUCCAGUUCAAGGCCGGCUUGACCGACCCUCUCAACAAUCUCCAGACAUGGACCAACACCACCUCGCCGUGCCGCUUCCUCGGCGUCCGGUGCGACCGGAGGACCGGCGCCAUCACGGGCGUCUCGCUGUCGAGCAUGAACCUCUCCGGGAGGAUAUCGCCGGCGAUCGCCGCGCUGACGACCCUGACACGCCUUGAGCUCGACUCCAACUCGCUGUCGGGGAGCGUGCCAGCCGAGCUGAGCAGCUGCACCCGGCUCAGGUUUCUGAACCUCUCCUGCAACGGCCUCGCCGGCGAGCUGCCGGACCUGUCGGCGCUGGCGGCGCUCGACACCAUCGACGUCGCGAACAACGACCUCUCCGGGAGGUUCCCGGCGUGGGUCGGCAACCUCUCCGGCCUCGUCACGCUCAGCGUCGGGAUGAACAGCUACGAUCCCGGGGAGACGCCGGCGAGCAUCGGGAACCUCAAGAACUUGACGUAUCUGUACUUGGCGAGCUCGAAUCUGAGAGGGGUGAUACCUGAAUCCAUCUUCGAGCUCGCCGCGCUGGAGACGCUCGACAUGUCGAUGAACAACCUCGCCGGCGUGAUCCCGGCGGCGAUCGGCAACCUCCGGCAGCUGUGGAAGAUCGAGCUGUACGGGAACAACCUCACCGGCGAGCUCCCGCCGGAGCUCGGGAGGCUGACCGGGCUGCGGGAGAUCGACGUGUCCCGGAACCAGCUCUCCGGCGGGAUCCCGCCGGAGCUCGCGGCGCUCGAGGGGUUCGAGGUGAUACAGCUCUACCGGAACAACCUCUCCGGGCAGAUCCCGGCGGCGUGGGGCGAGCUGAGGUCGCUGAAGAGCUUCUCCGCCUACGAGAACCGCUUCUCCGGCGAGUUCCCGGCGAACUUCGGCCGGUUCUCGCCGCUCAACAGCGUCGACAUCUCCGAGAACGCCUUCUCCGGGCCGUUCCCGAGGCACCUCUGCGACGGCAAGAAUCUCCAGUACCUUCUCGCCCUCCAGAACGGCUUCUCCGGCGAGCUCCCCGACGAGUACUCGUCGUGCGACAGCUUGCAGAGGUUUCGGAUCAACAAGAACAAGCUCACCGGCAGCCUCCCGGCGGGGUUGUGGGGUCUCCCCGCCGUGACGAUCAUUGACGUGUCGGAUAAUGGGUUCACCGGAAGCAUCUCGCCGGCGAUCGGCGACGCGCAGAGCUUGAACCAGCUGUGGCUGCAGAACAACCAUCUCGACGGCGAGAUCCCGCCGGAGAUCGGGCGGCUCGGGCAGCUUCAGAAGCUGUACCUGUCGAACAACUCGUUCUCCGGCGAGAUACCGCCGGAGAUCGGGAGCCUGUCGCAGCUGACGGCGCUGCACCUGGAGGAGAACGCGCUCACCGGCCGGCUCCCCGGCGAGAUCGGCGGCUGCGCGCGUCUCGUCGAGAUCGACGUCUCCCGGAACGCGCUCACGGGCCCGAUCCCGGCGACGCUGUCGGCGCUGUCGUCGCUCAACUCGCUGAACCUGUCGCACAACGCGAUCACCGGCGCGAUCCCGGCGCAGCUGGUGGUGCUCAAGCUGAGCUCCGUCGACUUCUCGUCGAACCGGCUCACCGGGAACGUGCCGCCGGCGCUGCUCGUGAUCGACGGCGACGUGGCGUUCGCGGGCAACCCGGGGCUCUGCGUCGGCGGCAGGUCGGAGCUCGGCGUGUGCAAGGUGGAGGACGGCCGCCGCGACGGGCUCGCGCGGAGGUCGCUCGUCCUCGUGCCGGUGCUCGUGUCGGCGACGCUGCUGCUCGUCGUCGGCAUCCUGUUCGUCAGCUACCGGAGCUUCAAGCUGGAGGAGCUCAAGAAGAGGGACAUGGAGCAGGGCGGCGGGUGCGGCGCGGAGUGGAAGCUGGAGUCGUUCCACCCGCCGGAGCUCGACGCCGACGAGAUAUGCGCCGUCGGGGAGGAGAACCUGAUCGGGUCGGGCGGCACGGGGCGCGUGUACCGCCUCGCGCUCAAGGGCGGCGGCGGCACGGUGGUGGCGGUGAAGCGGCUGUGGAAGGGCGACGCGGCGAGGGUAAUGGCCGCGGAGAUGGCCAUCCUCGGCAAGAUCCGGCACCGGAACAUCCUCAAGCUCCACGCCUGCCUCUCCCGCGGCGAGCUCAACUUCAUCGUCUACGAGUACAUGCCGCGCGGCAACCUGUACCAGGCGCUCCGGCGAGAGGCCAAGGGCGGCGGAUGCGGCGCCGCCGCCGCCGAGCUGGACUGGGCUCGCCGGUGCAAGAUCGCGCUCGGCGCGGCCAAGGGGCUCAUGUACCUCCACCACGACUGCACGCCGGCGAUCAUCCACCGCGACAUCAAGUCCACCAACAUCCUCCUCGACGACGACUACGAGGCCAAGAUCGCCGACUUCGGCAUCGCCAAGAUCGCCGCCGAGGACUCCGCCGAGUUCAGCUGCUUCGCCGGAACCCACGGCUACCUCGCCCCCGAGCUCGCCUACUCCAUGAAGGUGACGGAGAAGACGGACGUGUACAGCUUCGGCGUCGUGCUGCUGGAGCUCGUCACCGGCCGGAGCCCGAUCGACCCGGCGUUCGGCGAGGGGAAGGACAUCGUGUUCUGGCUGUCAACCAAGCUCGCCGCGGAGAGCAUCGACGACGUGCUGGACCCGCGCGUGGCGGCGCCGUCGCCGUCGUCGUCGUCGGCGGCGGCGGCUGCCAGGGACAGGGAGGACAUGAUCAAGGUGCUCAAGGUCGCCGUGCUCUGCACCGCCAAGCUGCCGGCGGGGCGGCCGACGAUGAGGGACGUGGUGAAGAUGCUCACCGACGCCGGCGCCGGGCCGUGCAGCCCCCGCGGCCAGCCGCCGGCGGCGAGGGCUUGCGCCAGGAGCAAGAGCUGCUGCUGAAUUUUAGAGUAGAUUCUGCUUUCUCGCCUCUGUCUGCAUCUGCAUUUCUGCAGCCAACUCUCGCUGAAUUUUAAUCUUUGAUGUGUACUAGGGAUCAUACUGUAGAUGAUAAUGCAUUUGCAGGUAUUAUGUAAAAUGGUUGACAAUUAAGGUAGUAGUCCACUUUAAUUAUAGUUUAAACCUCUGAUUUUGUCAUGCUUUUAUACCGAUAUUUUAAAAUGGAUUUGUACAUAUAUGAAUAUUUGGUUGGCAGAGGGUCGGAGUUGUUCUUAAGAAUCAUCACGAAUGUUUAGGAGUACAAAACUGAAUGGUAUAGAUUUUGGAUGUGGAAGAAGAUGCAAUUUAUUUGCUUCAGAGCUAUGAAUAAAAAAAAGGGCAAUUGUUGCUAAA